AUGAGUCGUUUCACAUCUGCUGACAAGUUGAAGAUCCUGACUAAUGGUUCACAAGGCUUGGAGAACAUUCAAUUCAGUAUAUGCCAGUGUUCACGUGCCACCCUCCAGCUUCUCUCACGAGGACUGUUCCCGUGCAUGCCCCAUGCUCCGACACUAGCUGUUGAUCUCAACCUUCUCUAG